CAGCAGCACCCACACUGCGCCUGGCCAAGGAAUAGAAAUUAACUAGCUUGAUGUGAAUAUGAAAGCAAUUAAUAAAAAGGAGUUUUACGCCAGGUCAACGGAAUUGGUCAAAAUUUUCAAGAGAGGAUGUAUUAAAUGUGGACGAAUGGACUUAUUUCAAGCUAGAAAAAUGGGGAUUAAAACUGGAGUUAUAUUUUGGAAUCUCGUCUUUCUAAUGAUGAUCACAUGUGUGCAAGGUUUCAUAUAUACUUGUGGUGGGACUUUAAAAGGAAAGAAUGGUACCAUAGAAAGCCCUGGUUUUCCAUACGGAUAUCCGAAUGGUGCAAAUUGUACAUGGGUAAUCGUAGCAGAAGAGGGGAACAGAAUACAGAUUGUUUUUCAGUCGUUUGCCGUAGAGGAGGAAUACGACUUUUUAUCUUUAUAUGACGGGCAUCCUCAUCCUGCAAACUUCAGGACAAGGCUAACAGGUUUCCAGAUCCCACCUCCUGUUACAAGUACUGGAUCUGUGUUUUCAUUGCGUCUUACCAGUGAUUUUGCAGUGAGUGCUCAUGGAUUUAAAAUCUAUUAUGAAGAAUUACAGAGCAGUUCCUGUGGAAAUCCUGGAGUUCCACCUAAAGGUAUCCUAUAUGGGACAAGAUUCAAUGUUGGUGACAAGAUCAGGUACAGCUGUGUGACUGGAUAUGUACUCGAUGGUCAUCCCCAGUUAACCUGCAUCACAAAUGCAGGGAAUAAUGCUGUGUGGGACUUCCCUGUUCCAAUCUGUCGAGCUGAGGACACAUGUGGUGGUACUCUCAGAGGUUCAAGUGGGAUCAUUUCAAGCCCCAAUUUCCCGAAUGAGUAUUACAAUAGUGCGGACUGUACAUGGACCAUACUUGCUGAUCCCGGAGACACCAUCUCCAUCAUUUUUACAGACUUCCAGAUGGAGGAGAAGUAUGACUACUUGGAAGUAGAAGGGUCUGAGCCACCAACCAUAUGGUUAUCUGGAAUGAAUGUACCAUCACCUAUUGUAAGCAACAAAAACUGGCUGAGGCUCCAUUUUGUAACUGAUAGCAACCACCGAUACAGAGGAUUUAGUGCCCAAUACCAAGUGAAAAGGUCCGUAGAUUUUAAAUCUAGAGGAGUAAAAUUAUUCCCAGGCAAAGACAACAGCAACAAGUUUUCUAUCUUGAAUGAAGGAGGAAUUAAACAGGCUUCCAAUUCUUGUCCAGACCCUGGAGAGCCGGAGAAUGGCAAAAGGAUAGGCUCAGACUUUAGCAUUGGUGCUACUGCUCAGUUCACUUGUGAUGAAGACCAUGUGCUGCAAGGGUCAAAAACCAUCACGUGUCAACGAGUUGCAGAAGUGUUUGCAGCCUGGAGUGACCACAGACCUGUAUGCAAAGUAAAAACAUGUGGAUCAAAUCUUCAAGGACCUGCUGGUACAUUUACAUCACCUAAUUUUCCAAUCCAGUAUGAAAGCAAUUCUCAAUGUGUCUGGAUAAUUACAGCUAGCAACCUCAAUAAAGUAAUUCAAAUUAACUUUGAAGAGUUUGACUUGGAGAUUGGAUAUGACACAUUAACCAUUGGAGAUGGAGGGGAGGUUGGAGACCCCAGAACAAUACUACAAGUGCUGACUGGGAGUUUUGUCCCUGACUUAAUUGUAAGCAUGACGCAUCAGAUGUGGCUGCAUCUCCAAUCAGAUGAAAGUGUGGGAUCUAUCGGUUUCAAGAUAAACUAUAAAGAAAUUGAUAAAGAAAGCUGCGGUGAUCCAGGUACACCGUUGUAUGGCAUACGAGAAGGCAGUGGAUUUUCAAAUGGUGAUGUGCUGCGAUUUGAAUGUCAGUUUGGGUUUGAACUCAUUGGGGAAAGAACCAUUACCUGUCAAAACAAUAACCAGUGGUCUGCAAAUAUACCUAUCUGCAUAUUUCCUUGUUUAUCUAAUUUCACUGCCCCCAUGGGAACUGUCCUUUCUCCGGAUUACCCAGAGGGCUAUGGGAACAACAUGAAUUGUGUUUGGCUUAUCAUCUCAGAACCAGGGAGCAGAAUUCACCUUGCUUUUAAUGACUUUGACUUGGAGGCACCAUAUGACUUUCUCACUGUGAAAGAUGGAGAACUACCUGACUCAUCAGUUUUGGGGAGAUUUACGGGAGCAGAGGUCCCCUCCCACCUCACAAGUAAUACCCAUAUCUUGCGUUUAGAGUUUCAAGCUGAUCACUCGAUGUCUGGCAGAGGCUUUAAUAUCACCUAUAGCACUUUUGGUCACAAUGAAUGUCCAGAUCCAGGAAUUCCUAUAAAUGCCCGUCGCUUUGGUGACAAUUUUCAGUUAGGUAGCUCAAUUUCUGUGAUUUGUGAAGAAGGAUUUAUCAAAACCCAAGGAACAGAAACGAUCACUUGUGAAUUAGAUAAUGGAAAGGUAAUGUGGAGUGGACCCAUUCCAAAAUGUGAAGCACCCUGUGGUGGUCACAUCUCUGCCCCCAGUGGCGUAAUCCUUUCACCAGGCUGGCCUGGAUAUUACAAAGACUCUUUGAACUGCGAGUGGGUGAUUGAAGCUGAAAGUGGACAUUCCAUCAAAAUCAUGUUUGACAGAUUUCAGACUGAGCUCAAUUAUGACUUUUUAGAAAUUCACGAUGGACCUAAUCUCCUUUCACCUCUUAUUGGCUCUUACAAUGGAACCCAAGUCCCCCAGUUUUUGUUUAGCAGUAGCAAUCAUCUCUAUCUUCUCUUUACCACUGAUAACAGUCGUUCUAAUAGUGGGUUCAAAAUCUUCUAUGAAAGUGUGACAGUUGAUACAUACUCAUGCAUGGAUCCGGGAAUCCCAGUCAAUGGACUUCGAUAUGGACAAGACUUCUCCAUAGGAUCUACUGUUUCCUUUGGUUGUGAUCCAGGUUACAGACUCAGCCAUGAGGAACCUCUUGUGUGUGAAAAAAAUCACUGGUGGAGUCAUCCUUUACCUACUUGUGAUGCUUUGUGUGGUGGGGAUAUCAGAGGACCAGGAGGGACAAUUCUGUCUCCUGGAUACCCUGAGUUUUACCCAAACUCUUUAAACUGCACAUGGACUGUAGAAGUAAGCCAUGGAAAAGGAGUGCAAUUCACCUUCCACACGUUUCAUUUGGAGGAUCAUCAUGACUACUUACUAAUCACAGAGAAUGGCAGCUUUACUCAGCCAUUGGCACGGUUGACUGGCUCUGAACUCCCUGCAGCAAUCAACGCUGGUCUCUAUGGAAAUUUCAAGGCUCAGUUACGCUUUAUUUCAGAUUUCUCAAUAUCAUAUGAAGGAUUUAACAUUACUUUUUCAGAAUAUAAUCUUGAGCCGUGUGAAGAUCCAGGUACUCCGCGGUUCGGCAAACGGAUGGGCUACAACUUUGGUAUCGGAGAUACCUUGACAUUCUCCUGUAAUAUGGGGUACAGACUGGAGGGGGUGUCAGAGGUCAUUUGUCUUGGAGGAGGCCGUCGCAUGUGGAGCGCACCUCUGCCAAGGUGUGUGGCUGAAUGUGGGUCAUCAGUAAUCAACAACGAAGGCAUUCUCCUGUCACCCAACUACCCUCUGAACUACGAAAACAAUCAUGAAUGCAUCUACAGUAUCCAAGUGCAAGCAGGGAAAGGAAUCAACGUCUCUGCAAGGACCUUUCAUUUGGCACAAGGCGAUAUUCUAAAAAUAUAUGAUGGGAAAGAUAAUACAGCACAUGUGUUAGGAGCCUUCACUGGUUCAGCCAUGCUUGGUCUAACAUUAAUAAGUACAUCCAAUCACCUGUGGUUGGAGUUUUUCUCAGAUUCUGAAUCAACAGGAGAAGGCUUUAAGCUGGUCUAUUCCAGUUUUGAGCUCUCACAUUGUGAAGACCCAGGAGUGCCUCAGUUUGGUUACAAGAUCAGUGACCAGGGGCACUUUGCUGGCAGCACAAUUACUUACAGGUGCAACCCAGGAUACACACUUCAUGGAAGCAGCAUCUUAAAAUGCAUGACUGGAGAGAGAAGGGCAUGGGAUUAUUCCCUUCCUUCUUGUAUAGCUGAAUGUGGUGGCAGAUUCAAAGGGGAAUCUUCUGGAAGAAUCUUGUCUCCAGGCUACCCAUUUCCCUAUGACAACAACUUGAGAUGCACUUGGAUCAUUGAGGUAGACCCAGGCAAUAUUGUGAGUUUGCAGUUUCUUGCUUUUGAUACUGAGGCAUCGCAUGACAUCUUGAAAGUCUGGGAUGGUCCUCCUGAGAAUGAAAUGUCUCUGAAGGAAGUCAGUGGCUCCUUGCUCCCUGAGGGCAUUCACAGCACUCUGAAUGUUGUGACAAUCCAGUUUGAAACAGACUUCUACAUCAGCAAAUCUGGUUUUGCUAUUGAGUUCUCAAGCUCUGUUGCCACAGCCUGUCGUGACCCUGGCAUCCCUAUGAAUGGCAGCCGCAAUGGGGAUGGGAGAGAGCCCGGUGAUACUGUCACAUUCCAGUGUGACCCUGGCUAUGAGCUUCAGGGUGAAAUGAAAAUUACCUGCAUUCAGGUGGAAAAUAGAUACUACUGGCAGCCCAGUCCUCCUGUUUGCAUAGCUCCAUGUGGGGGUAAUUUAACAGGAUCCUCAGGAUUCAUUCUGUCACCAAACUACCCACAUCCUUACCCACAUAGCAAAGACUGUGACUGGUUAAUUGUUGUAAAUUCAGACUAUGUUAUAUCUCUUGCAUUUAUCAGUUUCAGCAUUGAGCCCAACUAUGAUUUCCUUUAUAUCUAUGAUGGACCAGACAGCAACAGUCAUCUAAUUGGUAGCUUUCAAGACAGCAAGCUGCCUGAAAGAAUUGAAAGCAGUUCAAACACAGUGCAUUUAGCAUUUCGAAGUGAUGGUUCUGUUAGCUAUACUGGUUUUCAUCUGGAAUAUAAAGCUAAGCUACGGGAGUCAUGCUUUGAUCCUGGUAGUGUAAUGAAUGGUACAAAACUUGGAAGUGAUUACAAGCUGGGAUCUACAGUUACAUACUACUGUGAACCAGGAUAUAUACUGCAAGGAUAUUCAACCUUAACAUGCAUCAUGGGGGAUGAUGGCAGACCUGGUUGGAAUAGAGCUCUGCCAGAAUGCCAAGCCCCCUGUGGGAGUCGUUCAACAGGUUCAGAGGGCACAGUAUUAUCACCUAACUACCCAAGAAAUUACACCAUUGGUCACAGUUGUGUGUAUGCCAUUUCAGUUCCAAGAGAAUUUGUUCUGUUUGGGCAGUUUGUACUCUUCCAGACAUCUCUUAAUGAUGUUGUUGAUGUUUAUGAUGGACCCAACCAACAGUUCCCUUUGCUCUCCUCCCUCUCAGGUUCUCAUUCAGGGGAGUCACUUCCUUUAAGUUCAGGCAAUCAAAUUACCAUCAAGUUUACAACAGUUGGUCCAGAAACAGCUAAAGGAUUUCAUUUUGUUUAUCAAGCUGUUCCACGGACAAGUGCGACCCAGUGCAGCUCUGUACCAGAGCCAAGAUUUGGGAAAAGGAUUGGAAAUGAUUUUGCAGUUGGCGCGGUGGUUCUGUUUGAAUGUAAUCCAGGAUACACUCUACAUGGAUCAACAGCUAUUAGAUGUGAAACAGUUCCCAAUGCUCUGGCUCAGUGGAAUGACUCUCUUCCCACUUGUGUUGGAAAAGUGAGGGAUGGCACCGCUGGAGAAUGGAGCACAUUUGAUCCCUACUUAGUGCUUUCUUCUUCCCAGGUGCCCUGUGGAGGAGUUCUAACGAAGCGCAGAGGAACCAUUCUGUCUCCCGGUUAUCCAGAGCCAUAUGACAACAAUUUGAAUUGUGUGUGGAAGAUCUCUGUGCCAGAGGGAGCUGGAAUUCAAAUUCAGGUUGUAAGUUUUGCUACAGAACAUAAUUGGGAUUCAUUAGAUUUCUAUGAUGGGGCAGAUAACAAUGCACCAAGACUUGGCAGUUAUUCAGGGACAACAAUACCACAACUUUUAAACAGCACAUCAAAUAGCCUAUACUUAAACUUUCAGUCAGAUAUCAGUGUGUCUGCUGCUGGAUUUCAUCUGGAAUAUACAGCAAUAGGUUUAGAUUCCUGCCCAGAGCCUCAAACUCCAAAUAAUGGAAUAAAAGUUGGUGACAGAUACAUGGUUGGAGAUGUUGUAUCUUUUCAAUGUGAUCAAGGAUAUUCUCUACAGGGGAAUACCUAUAUAACCUGUAUGCCUGGACCUGUAAGAAGAUGGAAUUACCCUGUUCCACUUUGUUUAGCCCAGUGUGGAGGCUCAAUGACUGAAUUCAGUGGUGUCAUUUUAAGUCCUGGGUAUCCUGGCAACUACCCAAGUGGCUUAGACUGCACAUGGACCGUAAAACUUCCUAUUGGUUUUGGUAUUCAUCUCCAGUUUCUGAAUUUCUCCACCGAGGCUAUCCAUGAUUAUUUAGAGAUACGGAGUGGAUUGUCAGAGACAGGCACCGUGAUUGACAGGUUCAGUGGGCCUCAAGUGCCAGAUUCCCUUUUCAGCACCACCCACGAAACCAGCUUUUAUUUCCACAGUGACCAUUCUCAGAGCAAACAGGGAUUUCACAUCAUAUAUCAAGCUUACCAGUUGCAAAGCUGUCCUGACCCCCGCCCUUUCCGAAAUGGAAUUGUGAUUGGAAAUGACUUCAGUGUAGGAAUGACCAUAUCCUUUGAGUGUCUUCCUGGUUAUUCCCUGAUUGGAGAGGCAGCAUUAACAUGUCUCCAUGGGAUCAGCAGGAACUGGAACUAUCCUCUACCUAGAUGUGAAGCUCUCUGUGGGGGAAAUAUUACAGCAAUGAAUGGUACCAUUUAUUCACCUGGACAUCCUGAUGAGUAUCCAAACUUCCAAGACUGCAUUUGGAAUGUCAGAGUUCCACCCGGAAAUGGCAUAUAUAUAAACUUCACAGUCUUACAAACAGAGCCCAUUUAUGACUUUAUCACUGUAUGGGAUGGACCAGAUCAAAACUCUCCACAGAUUGGACAGUUCAGUGGAAAUACAGCAUUAGAAUCAGUCUACACCACAUCAAAUCAAAUCCUCAUCAAAUUUCACAGUGAUUUUAGUGGAAGUGGAUUUUUUGUUCUGAGUUAUCAUGCUUAUCAACUGCGGGUGUGUCAGCCUCCUCCUGCUGUUGCAAAUGCAGAAGUACUGACUGAUGAUGACGAGUUUGAGAUAGGAGAUAUCAUCAAGUACCGAUGUCUACCAGGAUUUACUCUAGUUGGGAAUGAAAUUCUAACAUGCCGACUUGGGGAGCGCUUACAGAUGGAUGGGCCACCUCCAACUUGCCAAGUGCAGUGCCCUGCCAAUGAUAUGCGGUUUGAUUCCACGGGAGUCAUACUAAGUCCUGGUUACCCUGACAGCUACCCUAACCUUCAGAUGUGUGCUUGGAGUAUCUCCGUGGAGAAAGGAUACAACAUCUCCCUGUACUUUGAGUUCUUCCAGACAGAGAGAGAAUUUGACAUUCUUGAAGUUUUUGAUGGGCCAAACAUUCACAGCCCAACACUGGCUACACUCAGUGGGGAUUAUCCUACUCCUUUUAAUAUUACAACAACUGGGCACCAACUGUUUCUUCGCUGGUCUGCAGACCAUGGGACAAAUAAGAAGGGGUUCCGUAUCAGAUAUGUUGGUGAGUAUCAAACACUGUAUUGUAGCACUCCAGAUUCACCUGCUCAUGGAUCGAUCAUAAGUCAGACAGGAGGUCAUCUGAACAGUUUGGUCCGUUGGGCUUGUGAUCGAGGCUACAGACUUAUUGGAAAAAAUACAGCUGUUUGUAGGAAGACACCCUAUGGAUUUUAUACAUGGGAUGCUCCAGUUCCAGCAUGUCAAGCUGUUUCCUGUGGUGUACCUAAAGCGCCAGUUAAUGGAGGUGUACUGACUACUGACUAUUCCGUUGGUACUCGUGUAACCUACUUUUGCAAUGAUGGCUACAGGCUUUCGUCCAAGGAGCUUACAAGUGCUGUUUGCCAACCAGAUGGCACAUGGAGCAAUCAUAAUAAAAUUCCACGAUGCUCAGUUGUCGUUUGUCCCAGUAUUGGGUCUUUUUCACUGGAGCAUGGGAGGUGGAGGAUAGUGAAUGGUUCUCAUUAUGAAUACAGAACAAAGAUUAUUUUUAGCUGUGAUCCUGGUUACUACCGACUGGGACCCGUGUCUAUCCAGUGCUUGGCUAAUGGGAUAUGGAGCUGGAGAAAUGAGCGACCCCACUGUCAGAUUAUUUCUUGUGGGGAACUACCUACUCCUCCUAAUGGGAAUAAAAUUGGAACACAGACAACGUUUGGAGCUACAGCUAUUUUCACCUGUGAUGCUGGCUACAUGUUGGUUGGAUCAACAGUAAGGGAGUGUUUGUCAUCCGGACUGUGGAGUGGGUCUGAGACCAGAUGCCUUGCUGGACAUUGUGGUGUCCCUGAACCAAUUGUUAAUGGUCAAGUGAUUGGUGAGAACUUUGGUUAUAGAGAUACCGUGGUAUAUCAGUGCAUUCCUGGAUUUCGCUUGAUUGGCUCUUCUGUGCGCAUUUGUCAACAAGACCACAACUGGUCAGGUCAACUCCCAGCCUGUGUGCCUAUCAGCUGUGGCCAUCCUGGCAGUCCAAUUUAUGGCAGAACACUUGGCAAUGGUUUUAAUCUGAAUGAUGUUGUCACCUUCUCCUGUAACACUGGAUAUAUUAUGGAAGGACCUACACGGGCUCAGUGCCAGGCCAAUAGACAGUGGAGUCAUCCUCCACCGACAUGUAAAGGUGGGGAAAAAAUGGUCAACUGCUCUGACCCUGGAAUCCCAGCCAAUUCCAUAAGGGAGAGUAAGAUAGAGCAUGGGAACUUCACCUUUGGAACUGUAGUGUUUUAUGAUUGCAAUCCUGGGUAUUAUUUAUUUGGCUCAUCUGUGCUAACCUGUCAGCCUGUUGGUCAUUGGGAUAAACCAUUACCUGAAUGCAUUGUCAUUGACUGUGGUCAUCCUGGUUCACCUCCGAAUGGUAUUUUAAUUGGAGAUAAAUUCACAUUUGGGUCAACCGUGCGUUAUUCCUGCAUGGGAGGGAGAGAGCUUAAAGGACAAUCUACGAGAACCUGCCAGCUGAAUGGACACUGGAGUGCACCCAUGCCUUAUUGUUCAGGUGAUUCUUCAGGUACCUGUGGGGACCCAGGUGUUCCUGCACAUGGUGAGAGGGAAGAGAGUGACUUUAAAAUCCGAAGCAAGGUGCGCUUCACUUGUGCUACAGGGUACAUUCUUUAUGGUUCAGCCGAAAGGAUGUGCUUCCCCAAUGGAACCUGGUCAGGACGACAGCCAUCAUGCAAACCUGUGCAGUGUGGAAAUCCAGGGACCCCAACCAAUGGCAAGGUGUUCCGAAUUGAUGGGACAACCUUCUCCCACUCAGUUGUUUACUCAUGCAUGGAAGGAUACAUAUUAUCUGGCUCUUCUGGGAGACAAUGUCUGGCUAAUGGAACAUGGUCUGGAACCGCCCCUAACUGCACAAUGAUUAAUUGUGGGGAUCCUGGAAUUCCAGCUAACGGACUCAGAUAUGGAGAGGACUUUACUAUUGGACAAAAUAUAACAUUUAUUUGUCAGCCUGGGUAUAUAAUGGAGCCAUUAAGUUCAAUGACUCGUACCUGCACUAAAAAUGGCACAUGGAGUGGUGUUAUGCCAAUUUGUAAAGCUGUGACCUGCCCUGCUCCACCAGCAAUUUCCAGUGGAAUUCUGGAAGGGGCUGACUUUGAAUGGGGAACCAGUGUCAGUUACAGCUGUUCUUCAGGAUAUGAGCUGUCUUUUCCAGCUGUUUUAACUUGUGUUGGAAAUGGAACUUGGAGUGGAGAGGUGCCUCAGUGUUUACCCAAGUUCUGUGGUGAUCCAGGUGUUCCAGCUGAAGGAGUAAGAGAUGGGAAGAGCUUCAUUUACCAGUCAGAGGUCUCUUUCAGCUGUAAUCCCCCUUUCAUUCCAGUAGGCUCUACCACAAGAAUCUGCCAGGCAGAUGGAACAUGGAGUGGAUCUCAGCCUCGCUGUAUAGAACCCACACGAACAACAUGUGAGAAUCCAGGAACACCUCGACAUGGUUCACUUAACAGAACGUCAGGUUUUAAGGUAGGGAGUGUGGUAGAGUUCCAUUGUCAACCUGGAUAUCUUCUCCAAGGCUCAACAACAAGAGUGUGCAGAUCUGAUCUCACGUGGAGUGGACUUCAGCCAGAGUGCAUUCCUCACACCUGUAAACAGCCAGAGAGUCCUCCUCACGUCAAUGUGGUUGGAAUGGAUCUGCCUUCACUUGGAUAUACUCUGCUUUACAGUUGUCAGACUGGCUUUUUCCUCUCUGGGGGAUCAGAGCACAGAGUCUGCAAGUCCGAUGGCACUUGGACUGGAAAAAUGCCAGUGUGUCGAGCUGGAUCAAAAUUAUCAGAGAAAGUAAUUAAACCUGUUCCUGGGACACCCAGUCCAAAAUUAAAUGUUCCUGAUGAUGUGUUUGCUCCUAAUUACAUUUGGAAAGGUUCAUACAACUAUAAGGGAAAGAAGCAACCAAUGACUUUAAGUAUUACAAGCUUUAACACAACAACGGGUAGAGUUAAUGCUACAUUAACAAACAGUAACAUGGAGCUGCUGCUUUCAGGAAUUUAUAAGAGUCAAGAAGCAAGGCUGAUGCUACUCAUGUACCAUGCAAAAGCGUCAGCACACACUUCUCUGAACAAGAUUAAAGAUGUAACUUGGUCCAUGGAUGGUUUUGUUUCAGCAGAACCUGAUGGAGCAACAUAUGUCUUUCAAGGAUUCAUACAGGGUAAAGACUAUGGCCAGUUUGGACUUCAGCGAUUAGGUUUAAACAUGUCAGAGAGUAAUAACUCUUCAAAUCAGCACCAUGGUACAAAUAGUAGCUCUGUGGCCAUAGCAAUCCUUGUGCCUUUUUUUGCCCUGAUAUUUGCGGGAUUUGGAUUUUAUUUAUACAAACAGCGGACUACACCUAAAACACAGUAUACCGGCUGUUCAGUACAUGAGAAUAAUAAUGGCCAAGCAGCUUUUGAGAAUCCUAUGUACGACACAAAUGCAAAGUCAGUGGAAGGAAAAGCUGUUCGCUUUGACCCUAACCUUAACACCGUCUGCACAAUGGUAUAAUGAAGUCUACUGUAUGGAAACUAUUGAAUAUUUUUGAAUGCUUUGCAAACUGGAUUUCAUGAAACUUCAAGUCCAAAUGGUGCACAGCCACUGAUAUUUAAAGCACACUUUUCAGGAACCAAUGGGUCAUGUGCGUCUGGAGAAACAAAUAUGAAUCCAACAAAAUGUUUUAGAAGACUGAUGAAAAAAUUAUCUUCAUGAUCAAAGUGGAGAGUCCUUAAGCUACCUUUUGUGCACUCUGGGAGUGCUUGUUCACAAUUUAUUUUGUCUUUUUUAAAAGUAAAAGGAUCUGUAAAUCUACUUGCAUAUAUAUGAGGAGCAUUCACCACCUAUAUUUUUGUGCUAUAUGAUACCACUUGGGGUGGGUUUGGGUAAAGAGAUUAUAUAAGAGUUUAUACAAAUAUUUCAAAGAUGCUAUUCACUAAAAUAAAAAAAAUUGCCCA